AUGUUGCGUGCUGAAGACCGUUCCAAAGUUCGUCCAUGGUUUGCAUAUCUUAAACUUUUGGAUUCUGCGACAUCAAAAUUACCAACAUUCAAAGGUACUGUCUGGCGUGGAGUUAAUAAAGACGUUAGUCAGACAUUUAAUAAAGGUCAAACAAUAACUUGGUGGAGCAUAAGCUCAUGUUCAGCAUCCGUGGAUAUUAUUUCCGGAUUUCUUGGCAAAGUUGCUCAGAGCACACUAUUUUAUAUCGACUGUGUAACUGGAAGGUCGAUAUCAGCAUACACAUGCUAUCCAAAUGAAAGCGAAGUUAUUUUAAUGCCAGGCACAGUUUUCGAAGUUGUUGCAGACCCACUACAUCACCAAGGCGGUUUACAUAUCAUACAUCUGAAAGAAAUUAUUGACGAUGACGAUAAUGAAAAACAAGAAAGCCCAAGUGAAUCAGCAGCUGCAAGUGCUUCAGUGACAACAUCAAUCACACAGCAAUUUAAGAAUAUGAAUUUAGUUACUCUUAGUAUUCCAGUGAAUGCAAAAUGGAUGCAGAAUGGUGUGACUCUUGCUGGGGGUCACGGAGACGGGAAUCAUCGCGUCGUCCAAUGGAGGUUGGGCGAUACGACUGGACACGUCGUAGCUGGUAGUCAUAACGAAGGAGAUCGAUUGGAUCAACUGAAAUGUCCAACUGAUGUCCUGGUUGAUAAUGAGAAUGAUAGUCUCAUUAUCUGCGAUCGUGACAAUCGACGAGUCUUAAGACGGUCUCGUCGUAGUGGUGAUACUCAAGGAGAAAUCCUCAUCGAUAACAUCGACUGUUGGGGAUUAGCCGUGGAUCAUCAGAGAAAUUUCUACGUCUCCGACACAAACAAACAUGAAGUUCGACGGUAUCAAGUAGGAGACAAGAUUGGAACUCUCGUAGCGGGUGGUCAUGGCGAAGGUGCCGAUCUCCAUCAACUUAAUGAACCGGUGUACAUCUUUGUCGAUCGACAACAGACAGUGUAUGUGUCGGACUACUAUAAUCAUCGUGUGAUGAAGUGGAAGAAAGGUGCAACAAAAGGAAUUAUCGUUGCUGGAAGUCAAAGCUAUGGAAAUGCCCCGUCACAAUUAAAUGGUCCUAAUGGGCUGUACAUCGAUGCGUUAGGUACUCUCUAUGUGGCAGAUGCAUGGAAUAAUCGAGUCAUGCGUUGGCCUAAAGGAGCCACACAGGGUACUGUCAUUGUGGGCGGAAAUGGUUCGGGACCAGGACCUGAUCAGCUCAAUGGUCCUGUUGCUUUAUCCUUCGAUAGUAAUUGCAAUCUGUACGUCUCCGAUUGGGGAAAUCAUCGUGUUCAACGUUUUUCAGAACGUCCAGAUCUUGAACGAUUAAAAUCUGAUUUAACUAAACAACAGAAUGAAUUUAAGAUUACUUUAAAACGUCUUGAAGAUAAUCUUUUGGCUCGUUUAUCAUCAGCUGGUGCAAAUUUUCUUGGUGAUACUGAAUUAGUCGAAAAUUUAGAAAGUACAAAACGAACUGCUACUGAAAUUGAAGAAAAAGUUGGUGAAGCUAAAAUAACAUCUGUGAAAAUUGAUGAAGCACGAGAAUUAUAUCGUCCAGCAGCAGCACGUGCUAGUUUAGUCUAUUUUAUAAUGAAUGAUCUUUGUCGUAUACAUCCAAUGUAUCAAUUUUCUUUAAAAGCAUUUAAAGUUGUUUUUGCUAAUGCUAUUGAAAAAUCUGAACCAGCUGAUGAUGUUAAAGUUCGCGUACAUAAUUUAAUUGAUUCAAUAACAUAUUUCACAUUUAUUUAUACAACUCGUGGUUUAUUUGAAAAACAUAAACUUAUAUUUACUUCACAAAUGUCAUUUUUAAUUCUACUUGCAGCUAAAGAAAUUGAUCCAAAAGAACUUGAUUUUCUACUUCGAUAUCCAGUUGUACCUAAUGUAACAUCACCAGUUGAUUUUCUUAAUGAUAUAUCAUGGGGUGGAAUAAAAGCUUUAGCACAAAUGCAAGAAUUUACAAAUCUUGAUCGUGAUAUUGAAGGUUCAGCUAAACGAUGGAAAAAAUAUGUUGAAAUGGAAGCACCUGAAAAAGAAAAAUUACCACAAGAAUGGAAAAAUAAAACUGCAUUACAAAAAUUAUGUAUGAUGCGUGCACUUCGACCUGAUCGAAUGCUUUAUGCAUUAAGUUUAUUUGUUGAAGAAAAAUUAGGUAAACAAUUUGUUGAAAAUCGUGCUGUACCAUUUAAUAAAUCAUAUGAAGAAACAAAUACAAGUACACCUGUCUUCUUUAUUCUUUCACCUGGUGUUGAUCCAAUUAAAGAUGUUGAAGCAUUAGGAAAAAAAUUAGGUUUUACAUCAAAUCAAAAAACUUUUCAUAAUAUUUCACUUGGUCAAGGUCAACAAAUUGUUGCUGAAGAAGCAAUGGAUAUUGCUUCAAAAGAAGGUCAUUGGGUGGUAUUACAAAAUAUACAUUUAGUUGCAAAAUGGUUACCACAAUUAGAAAAGAAAUUAGAACAAUGUUCGGAAACAGGUCAUGAAAGCUUUCGAAUGUAUAUGUCGGCUGAACCGUCAGGUGAUCCAGCAUUUCAUUGUAUACCACAAGGUAUUCUUGAAUCAGCUGUUAAGAUUACAAAUGAACCGCCAACAGGAAUGCAAGCUAAUUUACAUAAAGCACUUGAUUUAUUUAAUCAAGAUACACUUGAAAUGUGUGCAAAAGAAACAGAAUUUAAAUCAAUUCUAUUUGCUCUUUGUUAUUUCCAUGCUGUUGUUGCUGAAAGACGAAAAUUCGGUGCACAAGGUUGGAAUCGAAAUUAUCCAUUUAAUAAUGGUGAUCUUACUAUAUCAGUCAAUGUACUUUACAAUUAUUUAGAAGCUAAUUCCAAAGUUCCAUGGGAAGAUCUUCGAUAUUUAUUCGGUGAAAUUAUGUACGGUGGUCAUAUUACUGAUGAUUGGGAUCGUCGUUUAUGUAAAACUUAUCUUGAAGAAUAUAUGAAUCCGACAAUGUUUGAUGGUGAACUUUAUCUAGCACCAAGUUUUCCAAUUCCACCAUCAACUGAUUAUAAAGGUUAUCAUGGUUAUAUAGAUGAAUUUCUUCCACCUGAAUCACCUUAUCUCUAUGGUUUACAUCCAAAUGCUGAAAUUGAUUUUCUAACAACAACAAGUGAAAAUCUAUUUAAAACAGUAUUAGAAAUGCAACCACGUGAUGCAGGUGCUGGUGCUGGUGGUGAAGGUGCUGGCAUGACACGUGAAGAAAAAAUAAAAUCAAAAUUAGAUGAAAUUUUGGAUAAAUUACCUGAUGAAUUUCCUGUUCGUGAACUUUAUGCUAAAGCUGAAGAAAAAACACCAUAUACAGUUGUUGCUUUACAAGAAUGUGAACGUAUGAAUAUCUUAACAGUAGAAAUGCGUCGAUCAUUAAAAGAACUUAAUCUUGGUCUUAAAGGUGAAUUAACAAUAACAGCUGAUAUGGAACAAUUACAAGAUGCAUUAUUUUUUGAACAAGUACCUGCUGCAUGGACAAAACGUGCAUAUCCAUCAAUGUUUAGUCUUGGUUUAUGGUAUAGUGAUUUAUUAUUACGUAUUAAAGAAUUAGAAUUAUGGACAGCUGAUUUUCAAUUACCAGCUGCUGUUUGGCUUGGUGGUUUAUUUAAUCCUCAAUCAUUUUUAACAGCUAUUAUGCAAACAACAGCACGUAAAAAUGAAUGGCCAUUAGAUAAAAUGUGUUUAUCAGUUGAUGUAACGAAAAAAAGUCGUGAAGAAUUAGGUGGUGCACCACGUGAAGGUGCAUAUGUUCAUGGACUUUUUAUGGAAGGUGCAAGAUGGGAUACACAAACAGGUCAAUUAAGUGAAGCUAGAAUAAAAGAAUUAACACCAAUGAUGCCUGUAGUUUUUGUUAAAGCUAUUCCUGUUGAUCGACGUGAAACGAAGAAUAUUUAUGAAUGUCCAGUUUAUAAAACAAAACAACGUGGUCCAACAUUUGUUUGGACAUUUAAUUUACGUACAAAAGAAAAACCGGCUAAAUGGGUCUUAGGUGGUGUGUGUCUUUUAUUAGCUGUGUGA